AGCAGGAGCCCUUGGAGAAAAGAGAAGGAAGGAAGGGAAGUGGAAUGGAAGAGAGAAGGGACUGACCAAGACCAAUGGGGGAAUAGGGAGAGCAGUGGAGUGAUGCAGUAUUGUGGAGAAUAGGAAGCACCAAGAAGCAUCAUUAAAGGUGGCAGAAGAAGGAACUGAUGAUCUGGCCGCAAUUGGGGCAUCUCAUUGUUUUUGAUCUUGCUGUGUGGUUCCUGAGAGUUGUAUGGGUGGGCCGCUAAACAUUCCAAAAGGAGAAGUUUAUUGGACCUGGUGUGUGUGAAGCCUGGUGGACAUCUCUUCUUGAGACUAGUUGCCAAAAGCUUAAGGAUCAGACUAGCCUGAAAGGAGGUCAAUGUGCAACGGUCCAAGGUAGAGAUCCACAUCAGCUAAUCCUCCUGUUCAGUUUUCUUGCCUCCUGGUGUGACCCUUCUCCUCCCACGCUGCCAAGAUGGAUCAAUUGCUGGCGGUGAAAAUCGGGUGCCUGGCAGGAUUGCUGGUGGUCCCGCUCCUAUGUGGCCUCAUCCCGGCCUUGGUCAAGUGGUUCCAGAGCAACAUGGCCAGAGGGAAGCAUCGACGCAUCCUGAGUUUUAUCGGCUGCUUUGCCGCCGGUGUGUUCCUUGGCGCCUGCAUCAUGCACAUGGUGGCGGACGCAUUGGGGGACAUCCAAGAGGAAAUUCAAAAGCGACGGCACCAGGGCGGGCUUCCACACAAGACGAACUGCACCUCAGAAGAAGAUAAUGAUUCCGAUAACUAUCCAUUUGGGGAGCUCAUCAUCUGCUUUGGUUUCUUCCUGGUGUUUAUUAUUGAGAGUGUCGUGCUCCACUGUUGCCCCCAGGCUGUACACUCUCAUGGGGACCACGAAAACCAGGACGAUCACAAAGACCCACCAGAAUCCCACAGCUCUUUCCGGGCAUUCGUGCUCUUCCUCUCACUGUCCUUCCACUCAGUCUUCGAGGGUCUCGCCAUCGGGGUCCAGAAGGAGGAGACAGCGGCGAUCCAGCUCUGCCUAGCGGUACUCAUCCACAAGGGCAUCGUGGCCUUCAGCUUGGCCUUGAAGUUGGUGCAGAGCGGCACCAACAUCCGAUGGAGGGUGCUGUACCUGGUUGUCUUUGCUCUGAUGUCUCCCGCUGGCAUCGGUGUGGGCAUCGGCGUCUCGCUUUCCAAUGGCGACGGGAGCAGCCUGGCCCAGGCCGUGCUGGAAGGGGUAGCAGCUGGAACCUUCCUCUACGUCACCUUCCUGGAGAUACUUCCCUAUGAGCUUCGCUCUCGUGAAAGCCCCCUCAGCAAGUUCUUCUUCAUCAGCCUAGGCUUCUGUAUCAUGGCCAUCAUUGCCAUUUGGGCCUGAAAGACCAGCUGCUCAA